AUGUCCCAAUGGAGUAUUCAGUUCAAACUCGCACUUAGGGAGAAACAGUGGACCCCCGCCGUGCUCCUCCUGGAGGAGGACAAUGGCCUCAUUGUGCUGGUACAAGGAAAGGACCGGUCGGAAUGGUGUUUGGAAAGUUUCCUUCGACAGAGGCGAAAUCCGAAGCAGCCGAUGGUACAGUGUCAGUUUGAUGGGGGUCAGGUAAAGCAGUUGCGUAAGAAUGAGUUGCGGCAGAAUCGAGCGGCAGAUCUGAUUUUAAGCUUCGCGGAUGACGCGGCAUUGGAUCUUUUUAUCGAAGCGCUGUUGAAGAUGCGCAAAGCAUGGCUGGUAAAGGUAGAUGAGAUUUUGUAUAAGAAGGCCACUACGUCUAAGGAAAGUUACAUCGCAAAGUAUAAGGAGAUCCUGCAGGCGCUGCAGAGUCGACGCGACGAGUUUUUGGCGCGCAAAUUGCAUGCGGAACAGGAGCAAACGUUGUUAGCUCGGCAGUCGAUUUUACAGUCCCAUCCGGAUUUGUUCUUAUCGUACAAGUCGUUGGUGGAAACAGGUACGAUUUCCGAAGACGCCUUUUGGAUUCGGCAUGGUGCGUUGGUUACGGCGACGUUGCCGCUGCCAACUCUGGAGGAGCCAUUUUUCCAAAUUGGCACUAGCGUAGAAGACGAAGAAAAACUGGCGGCGCUCCUGAUCGAGUCUGAGUACGUAAAAAGGCGUUACAGAGAGCUCGUGGAGGGGGGCAAGCUUGACAAGCCUGAGUUCUGGCACCGGUUGUUCAGCAGCAGAUAUUUUGCGCAGUUAACCGGCUCUCCAUCCAAAGGCAUUGGGGGCGACAGUUACUUUGACGAUCCAGACGACGUCAGGGUGCAGUCCGAAAUUACGCUAGUCGCCACUGAAGUUGUGCCCGCAGACCUCGAUAUCACGAGCAUACCGGACAAUCCGCAUAUAAAUAUCGCCGAAGAUCGCGCAGACACACGUGCGCGCGAAGCGCGAUUAAAAGGCUACGACUUGCUAGAUCGCUUUAACAAGCAUGCCGGCCGUAGUCUGCAGCAGCAGAGUAUCCAGGCGUGUUAUUUCUCACACGCGCAGCAAGCAAACCAGAACGAACUGCGCAAAAUUUACGAGCUAGGCGAUGAGUCCGAGUUGGCGGCUAUAGCGUCUUUGAUGUCUUUGGAGGCAAGUCUCAAUACAGCCGAGGAUGCUCCGAUUGUUAACGUGAGGUCUGAGAUAUCCAAGCUGCGACGUAAGAAACUCAGAGAGCAUUUGCUACUGUCAGAUUUGCAAUCUGAAGAAAAAUCUAGCAGCACUCAUAAAGUUAAACAGCAAGUCUCCCGAGUUCCCGUGGCUAGGAAGAUCGAACGCUCAGAGUAUGCCAGUCGUCUACGAGGAGCAAUUGCGGAUUACAAGGCCCAAGUCGACAUCACCAGCAACGAGACUGUAAGUAAAGUGUGUUAUGUUAAGUUCACCAAAUUGCUGCAAUCCGCAGCCACUACAUCUCGCGAAGAACAGCUAGAGGAGCUGUUGAAGGAUCCCGCGGUGGUCCGGUAUGUGGAUGAAAUUGCGCAAAUACAGGACAGAGUCACCGAACUUGUUCAUUAUGUUUACGAUGAGAGCCGAGAGAAGAAUGUGGAGUCGCUGCGCUCAAAUAUUCAACAUAUUCAACAGCAACUCGAACGCCUAAUGCGAUAUGAAAUGGAGAGCAGGGUCAUGAAUGCACACACACUCUGCAGACCUAUCCUCUACGAACUAGAAGAGGCCCAGAAAAAGCUCCAUUUUUAA